AUGGCGCAAAACUCAGGUUCGCAAACUAGUCAGGGCCUCGGCGAUGGCGUCAAGGGGUGAGUCUAGAAGACAUUCGAUGCAUCUGUGCGCAUCUCCUAAGCAAAUCAGCUGACGCAUCCAACAUUACGUUGCGCGCCUUGUCCUCGUGCAGCAUCUUCAACUCCAUCCACGGAGCAGGAGAGGCAGUUCGAGGAGCCAUCAACGAUGGAGCUGACAAAAUUGGCGAGGGCAUCGCUCAAGGAGGUAGCAGCAACGCGGAUAAUGCUGAGAGGCAAGCCAAGUUGAACCAGCAGGGACACAGCCAGAACGAAAAUGUGGCUCAGAAGGGUCUGGAUGGUGAGUCCCAUUGCAGAUGACGGCCAUGUAGCUGAAAGCUGCUACAAGUUCAUGCUGAUCACUCGUGGGCGGAUCUCUUCGACGCUCGUGUAGAGAUCAAUCAGGGCAUUGAUCAAGUGCGCAACGCGGGCAACAAGUAG